AUGCCUCCUCCCCAGCCAGACCCAAUCAUGCAGGCUCGCAUCGAAGCCGAUUUUAAGCCUGUAGACCUCGCAGUAGGAGGUCCAAGUUCUGCAUUCGCUUUCUGCAACACCCACAAGCAGGAAAAGUGCAAAGAGUGCAACGUUGACUUCAUCGGUCUCAACCGUAUCUCCAAAAUCCUUGUCACAAACCCCACCUUGCGUUGUCCACCUCCUCCAACCGUCGUGCAAACGAAACUCUCGCAAGCAGUGACGAAUAUGAAGGAUGAGGGUAAUAACCUAUACAAACUCAGCAAGACUAGAGAAGCGCUCUCAAAGUACAAUAUGGCUGCGAGCAUAGCAGUGCAGAGACCAGCUUGGGAAGGUGCAGGAAUACUACGAGAAGAGCUCUCGACCGUCGUAUCCAAUCGCUCAGCAGCUCUUCUUGAGCUCGGAGACUACCUCGGCGCGCUCGUCGAUGCCGAGACCGUUAUUUCCGUUCGUAGACAAUGGCCAAAAGGUCAUUUCAGAAAGGCCAAGGCACUCGUUGGACUUGGUCAAAUAGAAGAGGCCAAAGAUGCCAUCUCUCUUGGACUUCAAUUUGAGCCUAAUAACACUGAGCUCAGCGGAUAUAUGCUUGAGUUGGACAAGCUGUUGGCAGCGCGUAACCAGUCAAAAGAAAAGCCCGUGUCUGUCACUUCUUCGUAA